GUAUGGCCGUUACCAAUCAAAAUAUGGAUAAACUACAAAACAUAGAAAUGCCAGCAGAUUAAACCAGCUGAAACAGAGCAGCACCACUCAACAAUGGCGGAUUCAGUAACAAUUUCACUACUCUCCACUGUUCCAGUUCCCAAUCCAGUACUGUCAACAAAAUCUGGAGAAUCUCAACUAAAAUAUAAUUUUCUUUUUCGAGGAAACCAAUGCUCUAUUUCUUUGAAAAUUGGUACAAAAUGUAGUGGAAUGAGGUCAUCAACAAGAUUGUAUGCAGGGUUGACGGAGAUAGAGCCAGACAUUAAUGAAGAUCCUGUUGAUAGAUGGAGAACUAAUGGCAUUGAAAUUGAAGAUUUUGUGUUUGGAAAGUACGAUGAUCAUCACACCUAUUUUGAGAGUGAAGAUAAAGGUACAUAAUCCCAUUUAUACGACACUGUUAUUAUUUUGAGGACCAC